GAACGCCAACACCGUUUCUCACAGUUUCCUCUUGUUGUUCGCGCGUGCAUCAAAAAUAUUUUGCAUAAUCGCUGCGUGGCUCUCAGUGGACGUGGAAACGACGAAGAACAGGACUUGAAAUCGGCAUUUUCGCUUCAGAAUUAAAAUCCGAAAGAAAAUAAUAAUUUUAUGAUAACACCCGCGUCUCUUCUAUCGUGAUUCUGGUGGAUUCGAUCGUGGAAUGCGAGGGCUGCGACAUUAUCAUCGAGGACAUCGUGAAAGCUAAGGACUCGGUUUGAUCAUAGCUAGGAAACGCUAAGGAAUAACUGCUGAUUACUAGCGAAAAGGCAUAGUCGUACGUGACAAUAUGGAGGAAAGGCGAGUCGCGUGACGCAAGGACGCUGAAAGACGCGUUCUCGUGCUACUGUUUGGGAAAGGAGCUUGGUGGAAUUUCUAAAAGGUGGAUUUUACGAAAGGAUUUUGUCGGUUUGGAACUAUGCAACGUACGAGAGACGAACGAGGAUUCGAUAUGCGGCUCAAGGAGGCUGUCGUCUCGAUACCGCUGCAUCCUGGAGGAUUGAACAACAAUCAGUUACGUAGGAGCGACCAGAACCAGCCGAUCGUCGAGGAGAUCGGAAAUCGUAACGGAACUUCGUCGACGACCGUAGAUACGGUCGCCAGGGGCCAAAUCAACACCGAAUUCGUUGUGGAAGUUGCGCAGGAUUUUCGCGUCGCCGAAGACACGACCACGUGGUCCUCGUUUGCCAUCACCCGCGAAAACGUGCAAACCAAUAGCUCGAACAACGAGACCAGCAACCUGAACAACAACCUGACAGUUCCGAGAAUCUGUAGGAACAGUUCCGUGGAGAGUUUGGCCGACUACGAAGGGCGUAACUCCUCUCACGAAGACUCGUCCCACGAGUUGACACCGUCCGAGUGGUCUGACUGGUCCGAGGAGGGAAAUUUGCCUUCAGGUUGUCGCGGUAUCGUCAACCCUAACUAUCCUGGCUUUCAACAUCUGGCGCCUUCUCUUCUAUCGGACACAGAUCUGACAGAGGAUGAACACGAGAGCUGUCCCGAUUAUACAAGGUUGAACGACAUCGACACCAGACCAGCUGAGAACGACAACGAGUACAACAACAACGUUGAAGACAGCAUUAAUCAUUUGUGCGGUCAAAGGAACGAGAGGAAGAUUUUUUAUGAGAAACCUAAGUUUAAUAUACAGACUGUAACAUCUUUGUACGAGUCGGUGGUGCCGCCAUCGGAGAAAUGUAUAAACUACGUGAAAAGCGUUGAAGACUCUAGAACGGAAGAAAAGAUCCUCACGCCGAAAUCGGAUAUCGUGAACAGCGUGGUUGAGGCGGAGACGCAUUUGACGGUGCUAGAACCGGAGGAGGCGCUUGCUAACACAGUCGCGGAGGACAUUACGGAAUUGUCGGAGGCAGUGUUGGAAAAGAAUCAGGAACGGGAGAUUCCGGUCGAGGUCGAGAUCGUCGAACUGACGACUAGCGUCAAGGAGAUCCUCCAAUUUCCGGAGAUCGAGGAAAUAUCGGACUCGGGCAAGACUAGCGAGGUCGGUGAGACAGAGGAUAUCGUGGUGGAGCACAUCGACCUGAUACGCGAGGCAAAGGAGUUGCCUCACCAGGCCCGUUCCAAAAUAGGCAACCGUCAGACGGCCACGUCGAGCGGCUCCGCCGACGACGACUCGGAGAGCAAUACCGACACUGACAGUUAUCCAGAGGAGCAGCCCACCUACACGAAGCUCGAGGAGAUUGAUCUGCUCUCGAGCAUCGGCCGUGAUAUCGGGGUCGAUCUCGAGAAGUACGUGCAACCGGUACCAGACGUGGUCGCUAUGGAGGCACUGGAUCCUAUUCACUCGUCCACGCGAUCCUCUGUUCCCACGAGCAAUAUGACGAAAGACAACAUGCAAGAUACGAACAAGCUAUUGGACCGUGAUCUUCCGGAAGCAUCGGGCGCGGAUACCAAGAAGAAAGAAAAGAUGGUCAGGAAUCAAGCGAAACGCAGGCAACAGCAGCAACAGCAACAGCAACAGCAACAGUUGCAACAGUUAAGAGCGGCGAACUCACAGAAACGUCCGGACAAGAGAAGAGCUGAUGCAGACAAUGGACCAGGUGGCUUCGACGUCUACAAUAUCGAGACAGCGAUGCCAAAGAUCGAUCUGGAUGCGAUCGAAUCUCACCUGAGAGCUGCACGCGAAGAAGAACGACGACGGCGAAACGAUCGCGAAGAGAUACGAAGGAGAUUGGCAAUGGGUCCAGACGCUGAAGACCUGCGCGCUGAACGCGGAAGAAAACCGAGUCUCCAGUCGCGGCUUCAAAGUGGGAUGAAUCUGCAGAUCUGCUUCAUGAACGAAACACCUUCGGACACGGAGUCUCCGUGUUCAGAGAACGAUGCAUCCCCUGGAUCCACGCCGAGCCCACUGAACUCGAAGCAACAACAGAAACAACAAAUGCCAGUCAGACCUCAAGUGCUGAGCCUUCCACCUUUGAGACUGGACAGUGGUUUGAAUUCAGCACCGAUCGACGAGGCCGACUUCUUCGCCAGACAGGCCAGAUUGCAAACCGAGGCACGGAUGGCCCUGGCACAGGCCAAAGAAAUGGCACAUAUGCAGAUGGAAGUGGAGAGGCAAAGGCUAAAACAAAGUCCCAUCACCGAGAUGGUGCGAUCUAGCCUCGAAAAAGUUGGCGUUCAGCUGGGCGAGGAUAGGCGCAGAUUAUCUCGAGUACUUUUAACGGAGCUAAAUGUCGCGCAACUUCAAGUAGUCGCGAACGAUUUGCAUGCAAGAAUCGCUGCUUUGAACGAGGCUCUGGUCGAAGGACUUUUGAGAAGAGACGACUUACACAUGGAACAAGAUUCGAUGCUCGUCGACGUCGAAGAUCUCACUCGAUAUCUCUUCUGCUGCGUUCACAUGCACAGAGGUGCCAAGCAGGAGUCACUGAAGAAAAAGCAGAACGCGAGGGAGCAACAAACAACGAGCAGAAGUCAUCAUCAACAAGUAAACGCAGGGCAGAACAAGUCGUCGAUGAAGCCAAAGCUUACGCACCGCGGUCUAGUCUCGUUGGUAAGAAAAUAAUGCCUCGCCACGAGACUGCGUAGUCUCGUUGGUAAUUAAGCGGGAAUUAAGGAAUUACUAUUUAUCUGGUACAUAGCACAACAUCCGGAGAACACGAAUACGUUAGAUUAGAUCUGCUCGAUUCGACGUUCGAGCUCUAGCUCGAGAAUCAUACUGAUCUGGACGAGAUGCGAUAUGAAUUGCGCCGCGUUCGGCGGACAAACGAAAUUCCGUUUGCGAUUCCGAUGUCGAUGCUCGGAUUCCCUCUUCCAUUUGGAAGAGCAACCAGAAAUUGUAUUACGAAGAGAAAGAGAAAUGUAUGUUUCGAGGCAACGGUAGAAAAACGAGUAGUUUUCUCUUAUCGCGCGGGAAAAGAAGUUAUAGCAAAGCAAAUACAAUCGUUUUCUUCUUCCUUAAUGGAGAUUCAAAGAUAUACCGUAGUACGUAUCGCAACGAAGAAUCCUCUUUUUCCCUGUUUGAUAAAUGUGUUUUAGACAGGGAAGAAGGGCAUCUUUUUCCAAAGUUUUUACAGCUUUGCCGUUAUCAGCAUAAAAACUAGAGUAAUAUGUAAAUACGUACACCUCCGUUCGUAAUUAUAUAUACCUAUGUACAUAUUAAGACAUUUACGGAUAAUAAGGUAAAUCCAAAGAAUUAUUAGAAAACUAUCUUUUUCUCAUCCAUGCAUGCCACGCAUGCAUUUCUUCAAUCGUUACCUAAACUUUAAUCGAUUCCAAUAUUUAUAUUAUUAUUCCUUUUAUCAUUGUUAUUUGUUGUUAUUUGAUUGUACGCGUUAUCGGUAAUUCCAUAAACCGGAUUUAGAAUUUGACAAACUUCCCUGUAUUAUCUACUUGAUCGUCUCAAAUUUGUUCAAUCGGUGAUUCAUCGAGACCAACAUAUCGCUUCUUGACACUAGCGACCUAUCACACAACUUGGAAAAUAAAAAUUAGUUUGUAACUUCAAUGUUCAUCAAUUUGUACUAUGUCGUAUACACGUUACGCACAUACAUAACGUAUUACGUUUUCAUAAUACGAUGUAUUUACGUAUUUCUGUACGAUAGUUUCGUAAGACCUCGUUAUUUCUAUUCGAUGCUGUUACAACGUGACUAAACUAAAUUUUUACUCUUCGGGCUAUUCUUUUUACUUUGUCUAAAUUUGCUUAAUUCUGGCGUGACAAAUUGAGAUAGAGAUGUAUACCGUUUCACGCGAUAGAAUUUAUUACGAAUAAAAACAAAAAUUAAUUUUCUUUUUUUUUUUUCUUUUUUUUUCGUUCCACUAUCUGCGUCGAUAAGCGAUAUGGUAAUUCGUCGUAUAUUGAAAUGUCGAACAUUUCCAAAUAAUUUCAUAACUUUCUCAUAUGUUUUGUAGCACGCAAUGUCUUAUUGUGUAACGUUUGAUUCUUUAUCUUUCACGAAUACGCAAUACUGAUCGAUUAAUCAUUUCCUUGACUAAUUGACUAAUUGAAUUAUCGUGUUUUAUACGAAGUCAUUAGGUAUUCUAAUAUUUAUGAACGGGGAUACAUGUACGUGCAUAUAACAUACAUAGGCAGAAAAAAUAGCAACGAGCAACAAAUUCCCUUAGUUAAUCCACCUAUCUUAUGUUCGAUGCAGACAAACGAUACAUUACACGUAGUUGCAAUCGCAUUCUGUGCGAUUCGACAGCUUCGUACAUACAUACACGUAUGUUUUCAAUGUCUUUUCAAUGUGGUUUCAAUGUAGUUUCAAUGGUGGCUGAAUUCUCAACCCAUGAAUCGCGACUUUUUACAAAAGUACAAAUUGUCUUUUGCAGGGCUUCUUCCAGCGUGAUUAUCUUUACUUUUAUGAAACUUGCUUCUAGAAACACACAAUUCGCCACAAUGAUUUUCAGAGUAUUUCAGAUUUAUCGUAAGUACGGGUUCUAUCAGUGAUUGUAAACAAUGAUAUUUAUUAUAUUAUUAUCAUUAUUAUCAUUAUUAUCAUUAUUGUCAUUAUUACAUAUAUUAUUAUGGCAUGCUCGAUCAUAAUUGAUCAUGAGUCGUGUUCUGAAUUGAUUCUACAACGGGCAAUCCGUCAAUAUGCCAUUCUCUGUUUUCUAGCUCCUGUCUGUUGCAUAUAGCAUUUGUUUUGUAAAUUAUCCAACUCCCUGGCCUUACUAUUGUCCGUUCCUAUCUUCUUGCUAGCGUCAUUUAAUCUCCUGGUAAUCACUAGUGGCAAUUUGGUAUUUAGGUAGUUGGCUUUUGCUAUUUUUGUUGUAUUUUUGAUACAUACGUGGGUAAAUUGUCUUUGCGGAAGAGUUUCUCUAGUGCUUGUUACUAAUUACUUGGCUUAAUUCGGCUGCUGUUGCUGAGUUCCAUUAAUUCCAUAUCCACGGUUAUCCAGUUUGCUUUUCUUUAUUUCAGCGAACCAGUUUCUUUUCGAGUCUCGGUGUUUCUCUGUCCCAUUUUUUCGGCAAUUCUUCAAAUAUCUACUUCUAGGUACCCUAUGUUCAUCCAUGUUCGUUAGUUUUGUCCAGUGGUUGUUUAACGUUUCUCGCCUCUUUUCAACGUUUGACGCUCCAAGUACAUUCUUCCAGUUCCUAACCUCAACAUACCUGAGAUGCAUCCUGAUGUGCUACGAGAUACAUUUGACACGAUUUUCAGGAGACUCGAUUGCACUCGUUCCAUUUUCGUAUUCAUUUCAUAUUUCACAUAGCUUUACUACCGUGUCCCAGCUAUUAUAUUUUGUCGUUACUAAUGGUUUCCAGAUCGUGCCUGCUGCGACUAUUGCCCGAGUUGUAAAAUGUUUUAUUGCCGUAUGUAACGUGGCUGACUUUGAGAAUGAUACUCUUACAUAGGUGUAUAGACGUCUACUUCUUCUACGUUUUGGCCUUCGUAUUUCGUUUUUCUGCUUCCUACUUUUCCAUUUGUUCUUCUGAAUACUAAUAUUUUAGUUUUCUCCUCGUUCACUUCGAAACUGUUUUCUCUAAAAUAGUUCCGUAGUGUGUGUUUCCAUUUUUUCUUCGCACAACUUGUGUCCACUAUUGAUGAGGUAUUUGUCGAUGUCGGAUAACAUAAGGAUAUUUAUUACAUUGCCCCGUGAAAAAUGUCCUUUUAUGCAAACGUGACGAGGAAACCUCACAUGUACUUAUAUCGUAUAAAGAAUUUGGCACUUUUCAUGAUUUAUAAUAAUUAUUCAUUCUCAUUCUUUUGUAGCAGAUAACAAAAUUCGAAAAGUAUUAUUCACCAAUGUGGCGAAAGCAUAAUUCGACGCACGGAGAAUAAUUCGUUUAAUGUUAAAUAGCAUCAAAUUAUAACAAAGAAUGGUUUUUAAAAAUUUGUUAACGCACGUUUUGUGAAAACUCUCAUUCUCUCGCUUUUCUAUUCACUAUUCUAUUUCACUAGCUUAAUCUUACGUAAUUUAUAAUCAUUUGUAUCCAUGUAUAAAAUUGCCGAGUCGCACAGCGUCAUAAGUACAAAAUCACAAUGAGCGCGACGUUUCAUCGCUCGUUUGCAUCGGAGUUUGAUCGCCCUGGAUCGAAACGGAUGAAAUUGGAUCCCCGGUUGGAUAACCGGUACAUCCCUCCUUUUCUACUCUGGUUAAAACUUGCGGCCAUGCAUGCACGUGUUUGCCGAAUGUAUCGCCUUUAUAUAUACAUACAUGUAAUAGCGUUUUAAACGAUAGGCAGAUCUCUUCUCUGUGUUAUAAAUAAAGGACACGGGCCAGCCAGCUGCGAAGGCUGGAAUAGGCGAAUAUUUGCUACAUACGACCUUCGUCACUAACGUCAUCGCUACACGUACGAUGAAACACUGAUUUUUUGUUCUCCGCAGUCGAGGAUAUUUCUUUCUCUCACGGCGUCUUCCAAUCCCUUAAAUCGACUCAACCAACCGACUAUUUCAUUAACGAAUUGAUAGCGUUUUCUGGCGUUUACGGCGGAGAUCGUGAUAGAACGAUGACGAUAAAUGUGGUCCUUUGAAACUGAAUUCUUGCUGCACUACAAUCGAUUCACCGAAAUCUUACGGUAGAAAAAGAUCUUUGUUUUAUAAUAUUUAAUUGUUUGAAGAUUCGAAGCGUUGCCUCGUUUGUGCUAUUGGCGUAAACACGGAUAGAACAUGGACGAGGGAAUUGGUAGAAAGAAGCGCGACAAACUUGGAGAAUCGUCAUCCGACGGUAUUGGAUAUCGUACAACUUUCGGUGAGUUUGUUGUACCUGAGAAAGAUAUUCUUGUUUUUCAGCUGUACCGUUCAUCAAAGAUGCGUAAAAUAGGAGCACGAUCGUAAACGCUAACAACAUUCAGGCGAUUGAUUCACAUUCAGUUCAGCUAAACCCGAGAUUCGGUUCUUCUGUAUACGAAAUUAUUGAUAAAGCGUACAUCGUAAAUUUACUUGGUAAGAAAAGACGAAACGCGAAUGGUGUUAGCCGAGCAUUGUUAAUUGUCACACAUGCGAAUACACAUACGUAUGUAUAUAUGAUCGCAAUGUUUGAGAAAUUUAAGGUCAAAUUUAAGGUGCAAUAAUAAUAUGUAGAAGGAAAGGCAACAGAGAAGCAAGUACGCAUCCUACAAACGAUAUUUUUUUUCUGGAAUCGCAAGAGCAUACGGGGUAUACAUAUGCAUGUACGUAUGUACAUGUCAUCAUAAAACGUUUAACUUUUAAUUGGUACAUGUAACGUUAAAUCGUUAAAACAUCGACCCAUAAGAGAGUUAGAUCAAGUUAUUUUAUUCUUAAGUAUUUCAUACGGAUUUAUAUCCUGUGUUUCACGUUAAUAUUCGGGCAUCCUCUAAAGUGGAAUAACUUUUUUUCAAAAUUGGACCAAACAACUUGAGUUUUUUCACGAGCAAAAAGGAUCGGUUUACCGCAUGAAGGAUCGGUGAAAACAAUUUUGAAAAAAAUUGCUAUUGAUCGGAAUCGCGAAGAAUAUAUUCGUUGUAACGGCAACUUUUUGCCAUAUUUUUUUAUUUAUCUGAGCCUGUAGCGGAAGUUGCGUAGGUAAGAAGUAUACGUUUCGUAGAAUCGUGUCAGUUAUGCGUACUGAAAAAUUCAUGGAGAUCGACAAUGAUGAAAAUCACAGUUUUUUCACAACUUUCCGCCUCUAACUGUAAUAAAUCGAAAGAUUCUUACAUCGUUUCGACAUCUUUCGCUUGUGUCUCGCCAAACGGCUAAAAAAGUUAAUAAAGUUACAGGGUGCCCGUAUUAACGCAUGCUCGAUAUUAACGUAGCCGUCUGUAAGCAAAAAUGAGAUAACCUUAAAAUUUCUGUCGUCGCUUAUGAACCAAUUCUAUCAGGUGAACAUUAAUGAUACUUAAAUCAACAAUAAUUUCUUUUGAUUUUCUUCCAUUCUCUAAUGUUUUUGUCAUAAUUUAUUACUUUACUCGUGUUCGAUAGAUUGAAAUGAAUUUUGAAUCAAAAGCAUGCACAAAUAAAAACUAUAGUAGAUAAUUGAUAUUACGUCAAAAUCGGAACGAGUGGCUCUCAUUUCCUUAUCUUUUAAUUCAUUUGCAAGUCAUAAACGUUAUAUAUAUAUAUAUAUAUAUAUCGUGCGAAAGAAGUAGCUACAAACAUAUGUACAUACAUAUACGAGUACGUAAUGAUAAUUUUGUAAAAAAAAAAUCUCUGAAAACAUCGAAAAUAGCAUUUACAAUACAAAUAUUUUACCUAUAUCUAAAGGUAAAUUCGUGAGCGUACAUGGGAAAUAGCUGAGUACGUAUGUAUUUGCAAGUGCAUUGAAUCGAGGCACUAUCGAUGCUUAUUUAAACGUAUUUCAGAGAUUUAAUUACCUUUAAUCUCGCGCAAGUCACGACGUAUCUCAAAUAUAAUAAUUUAAAAUCUAUUAUUACUAUUAUUAUUAUUAUUAUUAUUAUUAUUAUUAUUAUUAUUAUUAUUAUUAGUAUUAGUAUUAUUAUUAUUAUUGUUAUUAUUAUUAUCACCAUCACCAUCAC